AUGGCUAGACCCUGGUUCGAUCCCAGGCCCGCGCCAGAUUCUUUUUUUUUUAAACAUAGAUUCGGCCUUACCUACUGGGACAGCAUUGUCACCCCAGUGCCAGCAACUUCGUCCACUGGUGGAUCUACUGGCACAACUUAUGAUGGUACUACACCUCCUGCAGGAGCAUACAUCGUUUCCAAGACGGCCAUCGAUGGUGUGACAACAUAUGACACUAUCCAGUCUGCAUUGAAUGCGCUGCCCACGUCAAGCAAAAUCACCGCCACCGUCUUCAUUUAUCCUGGCGUCUAUGAGGAGCAACUUGUUCUCAACAAGUCUGGAACGACUAUUUUCAUGGGCUACUCCAGCGCUACUGAUGACUAUACACAAAACCAGGUCACGAUCUCGUACGCUAAGGGUAUUGAUACACAGGCAGAUGCUUCCAACUCUGAUUCAGCCACUGUGUAUGCGACAGGAAACUACUUCCAGGCCAUCAACAUCAAUUUUGCGAACACAUUUGGUACCACAAAGAACUACGCCACCCUCGGCUUUGGUGUCAAGAGCAGCAAGUACGCCUCUCUGUAUGGUUGCCAGGUGUAUGGCAAUCAAGAUGCUUUGCUCAUCAACGGUUAUUUCUUUGCCUCAAGCUCGAGGAUCGUCGGAAACAUAGAUAUGAUCUGGGGUGCCGGCGCCGGAUACUUCCUAAAUACGACAAUCUCACCAAAUACAGACGAUGUCUCUUUGACGGCUAGCAAGCGAGCUACCAAUACUACAGCUGCCGGCUUUGUAUUUGAUCAAUGCACAGUCACACCCGCUGACGGCGCUUCAUACUCUGAGAUCUCUCUUGGUAGACCUUGGAAUGCGUAUGCUCGCGUGGCGUUCAUUGAGAGCUAUCUCGGUUCUUGUAUCGAGUCAGCGGGUUGGGAGCAAUGGACCAAGACUGACCCUCGUACUAGCGGCGUCAUCUUUGGUGAGAUGGGCAACUAUGGCCCUGGUUCAUCUACAUCUGGUCGUGCUUCGUUUGCUACGCAACUUACCGCGAGUGACGCUGCUCAAUUUGAGCUAGCCAACUUCUUCGCCGCUACUACGUGGAUCAACAUGACCCUGGUCAAGGCGACGCCAUUUGUCGCUGGAAGUGUUACUGUCCCAACAGCAUCGACAACUUCAGUUUCGUCAACAUCUAGCUCAAGCUCAAGCUCAACCUGGCUUUCUACAGCUACCGUCUACACCACGAAGAUUUCCACCAUCAAAGAGACCUCGUCAACCACCACAACAGCAGCAGAUACCACUUUGACUCAGCGCUACACCUCCACUCUUGAUAUUGGAACGACAAUUACUCCAUCGCCAACUACUAGAGUGGUCGUGGAAAAGACCAGCACAACUCAGAUCUCUACGGUUUCUGAGCCUGACGAGACAGUCACCAAGACAUCUACCCUGCUUGUCAACGUGGCCUCAACUGUGACACCUGAUCCGACUUACAAAACCUCCACAGUUACAGAGAAGUCCGUUCAAUACAGCGUCAAGACAACCACCGGAAAGACGUCAACCGUGAAAGCCACCUCUAGUACGACGGUGCUGGCCACACAGACUCCUGACGCAAAGACCGUCACAGUAACACUGGGCAGCACUUUGACUAGUUUGUACACCAAGACAUCCAAGGCAGUGAAGGUGACGAGCACGAGCACUCAGACUGUUGGAAGUCUCGAGGAGACGACAGUUGAAGAAAAGCCAACAACCGUCUACUCUACUUCCUAUGUCACUGGAACCACUACCAAGAAGAGCACUACCACUCUCACUUGUAUUCCCACUGCCAAUAAGCUUCGUGCUCGGGCACUGGAGUUGGCGGCCCAGGCGACCCCUGAGCCUCAGACAUUCGAGAAGCUGGAGAUCCGUGCCGCUGGCCCUCAGACUGUCACUGUCACCAUCUUCUCACAAUUCACUACGGAUGUGAAGACAUCGACUAUCACUAUUCCGGGCUCAACUUUCACGUCAGAUAUUUACACGACCAAGUACACUGGCAAGACUGUGUCGCUCAAACCAGUCACCGUGUCCAGCACCAGCUGGUCGACUAGCACCAAGUACACGACGACGACGAUUCUUGGCUCAACCUCGACUGUUUCCGAAGUGGUAACCAAGGAGACUGGCAAGACAACGACCCUUAAGCAGUCGACGUUGACCCAGCUGCAGACCCACCUCGGUGGUUUGGAAGACUGUGACGCAAUCUUUGAAGCCGACGGCUACUGUUACGAGCCAGUCCACGGUGUCGAAGACGACGUCGGUGAAGGUCACGCAGACGGUGACAAGCUGGGCUACUACAACUAA